CUGUGCAUGGUUGACCUCGUCUCGUGCAUUUACACUUUCCUUGUUACGGACAUAUUAUAACGGAAUAUAUAAGACACCGGGCUCCCGUUACAAAUGUCAUCAUCCUAUGCUGCCGCUCUAUCAGCCCUUGUUACUGCCAACUCCACUGAUCAACGUACACAACUGAGAGAUCACUCUGCCUCUGAGCCCUCAGCCCCGCCCGGGAGUCCGAAAUCGAUUCCCUCAGCCAACCCAGCUCAUCCACGAUGUCCUCCAGUCGAAGAACAUCCUGCCCCGCCUGAGCCUGUGGGGUCAUACGAUGAACAGGAGAACCCGGAAGAUUAUGGGAUAGGUGGUUAUUAUCCUGUAGAAAUUGGAGAGAUUUUUGAGGACCGAUACCAGGUGGUCAGAAAGUUGGGAUGGGGUCACUUUUCGACUGUGUGGCUCUGCUGGCAUAUGGUGAGAAGGCGUUUUGUCGCCCUGAAGGUGGUGAAGAGUGCGCUGAUGUAUACAGAGACAGCAAUGGAUGAGAUCAAACUUCUGAAAUGUGUGAGGGACAGUGACCCCAGAGAUCCUAAACGUGAGAGAAUCGUGCACCUCAUCGAUGACUUCAGGAUCUCUGGAGUGAACGGAGAGCAUGUGUGCAUGGUCUUGGAGGUUCUGGGCCAUCAGCUCCUGAGGUGGAUCAUCAAAUCCAACUACACUGGUCUUCCACUUCCUUGUGUCAAAAGCAUCAUCAGACAGGUUCUGGAGGGUUUGGAAUACUUGCACACAAAGUGCAAGAUCAUACACACAGACAUCAAGCCAGAGAACAUCCUCCUGCGGGUGGAUGAAGUUUAUGUUCAGAAACUGGCAGCCACAACCAAACUGUGGCAACUGCCGGAUUCCACCGCAUUCACCAGAGAACCAAAGAGCUCAAGGGCCAAACAAAAAAAGAGUUUGUCCAACUUAAUGGGAAGACUGACAGGGGUUUUCCACAACAUUGGGAGCUGGGUAAGGAUUUAUGUCGCUUCUAGGUCGCAUCUAAAACGACUGAUGUGGACGGAGAGGAAGCAGCGAACCAAGGCGAAUGCAUCCGACUACAGUCAAAAACAACCUAGUGAUGGCCUUUCAGAUGUUACAACUCCGACUAGCGCACAAAGCACCACCUGCCAAUCAUUGCUUCCGGGUUCUGACGUCACAUUAAGGAGACAGACCAUGCUAUUGUCCGACGGGCUGGACUCACCUUUGCUCAGUCACAGAGACUUCAGCUCUUCCUUGCCAGACAUCACCAAAGAUGCUCCCUUUUCCAGGUCCAGAUCUCGGUUUUUGCACCAGAUGCCAGAAAAACAAUCCUCCCCUCAUGGAAUCCGUGACUGUGAGGGGGCUCUUGACCUUCUCCUGCCACAUAACGCGGACGAGCUGCUCAUUAAGAUUGCUGACCUGGGCAAUGCUUGCUGGGUGGACAAACAUUUUACUGAGGACAUCCAGACAUGUCAAUACCGCUCUGUGGAGGUCCUGAUUGGUGCUGACUACAGCACCCCGGCUGACAUCUGGAGCACCGCCUGCAUGGCUUUUGAGCUGGCAACAGGAGAGUAUCUGUUUGACCCUCAGUCAGGUGCCACAUUCUCCCGUGAAGAAGAUCAUAUUGCGCACAUUAUCGAGCUGUUGGGACCUCUUCCAUCCCAGUUUACCCUGUCAGGGAAAAAAUCCAAAAGAUUCUUCAACCAGAAAGGACAACUGAGACGCAUCUCAAAGCUGAAGCCGUGGAGCUUGUUGGAAAUUCUGUUGGACAAGUACGAGUGGCCACAGGACGAAGCGGCACAGUUCAGCUCAUUCCUCUCGACCAUGUUGCACAUUCAGCCCGAAAGAAGGGCCACAGCGGCUCAAUGUUUGAAACACCCGUGGAUCACACCCUAAGACACACUCUGUUCCCGCAUUAACAUGUCAUUGGACGAGGAGGAUAUAUUGCUAUUUUACGAGUCUGGUGCUGGCAUCAUUGGCAAACCUCUCAUGCUGUUUGCAUAUUCAUUGGGACUCCCAAUGAAUUCAGGCAGAAUGACCAACUCAUUUUUUCCCCUCUUAUUUAAAUUUGAAUUGCUUUCUAGUUUGACUGCAGUUUUUUUCCCCGAAAAUGACUGAAGAUCAGUUCCUGUAAUACACAUGAAAUGACAGA